GAGCGAUAAAUCUGCUUUACGGCAAAGCGUAGCGAGAGCGUUCCAGAAAAUACCAGCCAGGGAGAAAUAUUUUUCAUUCUCCUGCAAUUUUAUACAGCGAAAAUGAUUGAGGUGGUUUGCAACGAUCGACUUGGCAAGAAAGUCAGAGUCAAAUGCAACUCAGAGGAUACUAUUGGAGAUCUGAAGAAGCUCAUUGCAGCUCAGACAGGCACACGAUAUGACAAGAUUGUAUUGAAGAAAUGGUAUACCAUAUUCAAGGACCACGUGACUCUUGGAGACUAUGAAAUCCAUGAUGGAAUGAACCUGGAGUUGUACUACCAAUAGAUGAAAAGAAGAUGAGAAGGAAGACCACAAGUCAAAGACGCUUAAACACACACUUCAGACGCACACACACACACACACGGAUGCAGCAGAGAGCGACUAUGUCCUCCAUCUAGAGGGCGGAAAACACACUGACAUCACACAUUUUAGUAUAACCAGUUAUUACGUGAAAGAUAUGUUCCUAUCAAAAUACAUUUGUGUUGAUAUUUUGUAAAUAAAUGUGGUUUUACCCACAAGACAA